GAAAUGAAGCCAUCUUCUCCCAGCAGCGUUGUCUCAACAAAGAUGAAUAUAAAGGCUUAAAGAUGGUUGCUCAUUUAUAUGAUAGCUACACAGCUGCCACGCCCCAUUAUGUUUGUGUAACAGCUCCAUAUAAAACAGGCAGAGACCAGCACAUUCUGCAGACACCACACAGCUUGUCAGUCUUUUGCUGCACUGGAUCUGAGGAUCAUGUCUCACUGUAAGAGGAUUUCAGUCGUUGUCCUGGGAAGUGAAGAUCAUUUGAAGAAAGCCCUAAUAACCGUCAUCGUAGGGAAAGAGUUACCUCUGCUGCCCAAAACCAAUGUUCUGAAAAAAACUGACAUAUAUGAAAAUGAUAUAUAUGAGGUCAAAUGUCCAUCAGACACAGCAUGUGAUGACUUAAAAAAAGUAUUUGCUGCUAAUCACGACCCAGACAUGUCUUUGUUGGUGGUAAAAGAAGGGUUUUCACCAGACAAGGUGUGGCAGCAGGUAGAAAAUCUGCACAGAAUAACUGGAAAACCCACAGAGAAGUUCAUAGUUGUGCUGCCCUUCGGCUGUAAGGAGUCUGAUCGUUACCCAUUCAAAUGCUACACCAUGGAUCACCUUUUCAGUGAACUGACCCACCUGGCUCAAGACAGACAUCUGAUGCCCACCAAUGUGAGGAAAAGGAUUACUGACCAACAUGCAUCAUCUACACCAACAUCACCCUCCCCAAUGAUGGAAGGUUUCACUGACUCCAGGAAGAGGUUAAAAAGAAAUCCCUCUGGCACCGAAGUGAACCUUGUUCUGCUGGGAAUGACCGGGACUGGAAAGAGUGCAAGUGGAAACACAAUCCUUGGAGAGAAACGGUUCACAUCAAAAGCCAGUUCAAAACCAGUCACCACAGAGUGCCAGCAGGCAGAAACUGUGAUAAACGGUAGACGUGUACGCAUCAUUGAUACCUCAGACAUCUUUUACGAUGAGAGGAAAUCAUCAAGUGGGGAACAUGUGAGAAAGGUCAAAGAGCUCUGUCAGUCAGGGCCUUGUGUGUACUUACUUGUGAUUCAUGUUAGCAGAUUUACAGACGGAGAGAGAGACAUACUGGAAAAGUUGGGAAAAGUUUUUGGCAGCAAAGUUAGAGAACAAACAGUCAUCCUGUUUACUCGUGGAAAAGAUCUGGAGCAAGGAGGAAUGAGCUUUGAGGAUUUUUUGCAUCGCUGCCAGCCUGAUCUCAAGAAAAUAGUUGAGAAGUGUGGUGGAAGGUGUGUUCUUUUUGAGAACAGUGAUUCAGGUCCAGAUCAAGUGGAAAAGCUGAUGGAGAUAGUGGACAGGAUGUUAAAAUAACAGCAGAAAGAAAGAAGAAUGUGAACGUAUCAGGUCAGGUGAAUGAAGAGCCAGGAUGGAAUUGUUCUUCCUUCUAGAUAGACAUAGACUACAUGGGAAAUAAUUCAAUACCUUGAAGGGGUUGAUUACACUUUACAAAUUACAUUUUGAUUUUCUUUUUACUUUUUAAUUAGCAGCAUUUAAUCAGAUAUUUAUAUUUUGUUCAUAUAUGUUUGUCUGAAAUAAGUUAAAGGAUUUUGUUAAAUAAACCAAACGUAUUUCUUUACUCUGUAUAAGAGCUCCAUCUUUCUCACGUUGUUAACCUUUGUAAACUGUGAUGACAUUAACAAUACAUUUAACAAUAAAUAAAGGUGUGUUGUAAACUCA